GAAGGAACUAGCGUGACUAUAUCCUGUAUUGUUGAUGGUGAACCAACACCGUCAGUACGCUGGAUCAUGAAUGGAUCUCUACUGAAUACAAGCGGCAACUCUAGGAUUUCUUUCACAAAUAACAGUGAACAUUUGAUUAUAGCGAACGUAAACAGAGCAGAUAGCGGGGAAUACCUAUGUGUGGCGCAGAACAGUCGUGGAAAUGUUUCGUCCAAUGUCAGCACACUGAGUGUCCAAUGUAAGAAAAUUUUUUGUCCUUUCGGCUCUUGUUUUUCUGAAUAUCAUGGAAUUUAGAUGGUUGGGUGAAUUAUUCCUUCGAUUUUGAAAUGUUUGUGAUCUGUAAUGACCAUUUUAGUUUACCCGAAAAAAGAGUGGAGUGAUAUUUAAUGUCUAUUGAUAUUGUUGGUUAUGAUUAUUGUUGUUUUUUGCAGAUCAACCGGAGGUCGCUCUCAAUCCUUUGAAUGCCACUAAAUCGGAAGGAGAAAAUGUCACUUGGUUUUGUAACGCCAUAGCAAUUCCAGAACCAAAUAUAUCAUGGAUCUUUAAAGGGUCUCUCAACAAUACAAAUGACAACCCUAGGAUUGUUUUUUCUAGAGACAGACAGAAAAUGACGAUAACGAAUAUUAGCAGGACUGACAGCGGAGAAUACCAAUGUCUGGCGUUCAAUAACCUCGGAAAUGCUUCUUCCCAAGUUGCUACACUGGAUGUGAUAUGUAAGUACGAUAUGUCGUUAGGGUGACAAUCAUUCAAUUGCAUUACUUGGAGGAGAAGUACCAAAAUUUUACGAAUGAAAGGAAAUGAUUUAGGAUGACAUGUAAAUGCAGUGCAAGUAAGAUUUCCCAUAUAAAUUGUGAGAGAUUGCAUUAUUUACGGCCAAAGCCUAUGAUUUGAACCAAUGAAUGUCAAUAGUCAUUAAUUUGUGUCGUCUAGACAAACGGAGGCUAGGAUAUGUUUGGAUAUCACCGCUGGUACCCACAACAAAUAUUCCAACACACCUGUUGCACGAAGGUGUUGAUGUUGUUCACUUUUCACAAAACAACACAAACUCACGGUUUUUUUCCUCUUACAGACAUACCAGGGAUCACCGCUCAUCCGCAGAAUGAAACUAGAAAAGAAGGAGACAAUGCCACCUUUAUUUGUACCGCUAUGGGGAAUCCUGUACCAAAAAUAUCAUGGAAUAAGGGAAGAUCACCUCUUAGUAUCAACUUCAGGGUUAGUUUGUCAGCGGAUAACAAGCACCUUACUAUAACGAAUGUGAACAGAGUAGACAGCGGAGCAUACCGAUGUGUGGCCGCCAACAGUCUUGGAAAUGAUACCUCCAUUCCUGCUUACCUAGGAGUGCUAUGUAAGUACAAUACUUGGGUAGCUUUGUCACGAAGUAUCUUACUUUGAAAUUAGAAAUUAUCUCAUAUUUUGAUGACGUCAAAUUCGAUGCUUAUUUUAUGUCGGAGAGCUUUUAAAUGUUAAAUGUUCCUGUAUUCAUUGCCGCAUUUUUAUCUCCUUCAAUUCCAAUGCCCGUCUUAGUUUUUUUUUAUCGUAAAAUACUCAGAGUAAAUCCGACAUUCUGGGGUUGUUAGCCCAGUCUUUUCAUACGAUCGUCACAUUUUUCUGUGCAGAAAUCGGCAUUCGAGAAGUCAAUUACCGAAGCACAAGUCCUUGUAGAAACAUUUUUUUUUUCAGUAAAGUUGAUUUAAGCUCGAGGCAUAAUACUGUUAUCUGUUGGUGCUUAAAUCUGAGUAGAUUUUAAUAUCAAUCUGAAAAUCGUAUUCCCCACCUUUCCACAUUUUGGUCCCUAGUAGGACUGUUUAGACUUUUUAGGAACAGAUCAGAUACAUCUCAUAGGAAACUGAAAAUAUUAAUUUCUUUUCUUUAAAAUGUUCUGCUGGUGAUUUUGCUUGUCUCAUACGGACGGCUGUAGAUAAACCCAAUAUCAGCCCUCUUCCACGAACGAUUCAGAGAAUCGAGGGAGACAAAGUUACUUUAUUUUGCAAUGCCAGUGGAAAUCCACUACCGACAAUAACAUGGACUAUAGAUGGGAAUUCUGUGGACACCAGUAACAGUUCUAGAAUGAAUUUGUUUUACGAAGGAAAGCAGCUAACUGUCAAGAAUGUGAGUAGAAGAAACAGUGGAGUGUACCGAUGUGUGGCGGGAAACAGCAUCGGAAAUGUUACGUCCAAUGGCACUACCUUAAGAGUUCUUUGUAAGUAAAAUGUAUGUCUCGAUAAAUGACCUUGAAGUUUUGUUGUGAAGCUGAGAUGGUUUAUUCUGCUCUCCACGCAAAAGCCUUCCGUGGCUUUACGUUCUUUACAAACAAUCGAUCAUUUGGUUUUGACAACCAAUCAGAGUCUCGUUAUCUUGAAUGUCUAUCGGGCAAUCAAUAGAGUCGAGAAAAGAAAACUUUUUUUUUUAUUUUUAAUGUAGAUAAACCAGAUGUCACAAUUAUUGAUGGUCCACGACAGUUUGCAGUUGUUGGUAAAUCAAAGAAACUCAUCUGCAAGUACGAUGCUUUACCACCAGUUUCUAAAGCGCAGUGGAUAAAAGAUGGAGAUGUGAUUGUUAGAAAUUCUAGCCUGCUGGUCAACGAGUCCCGCUUUUCUGUUCUAUAUUACAAUAAAAGUCAAAUACAGUUACUUAUAAAUCAAAGUACAUCUCAGGAUGCUGGAAACUACACUUGCCUUAUCAUUAAUUCGGUUGGUAACUCAUCCCAGAAGACGUCAGUCAUAAGCCAAGGUAUUUUAUGCUACAAAGCACUAACCACUCUUGCCUCUUUUUUCGGCAAUGGGCAAUUCAAAUUGGUGGAACAGUGGGAGUCACAUUUACCGUAAGCGCUCUCACAAGGUUCUAGAGGGGCUUCUUUAAAAUUCCCUCACCACCCGGAUGACUUACUUGUUGGAAAAGCGGGUUUGCAUUUUCAUUUUGGAGAAGAACGGAGGGCAAUGAGGACCAUGCGACGUUACAACAGAAUCAAUGCAAUCCACAAUCAGAAAAAUGAUAAUUCAAAAUCUUCAGCUGUUUAAAGAACUGCGGGAUUGAACUAGUCCCACCAAUGCCAAAAAAUACAUAAUCUCAGGUGAAGACCUAAUCAUUCACGUGGAGCACCAAGAGUACUAUUUCAAAAAAACUUAUCAACCCAAUCUGCUCCAUUUUUGUCUCAGGUUAAUCAGGAGCUGAAUUGUGUUGGAUAAAGCAAUUCUUCCAUAAUUACGAAUGAAACCCUCGUGUUUGUUCUAUUCAGUGAACCGUUACAAGUUAUGGCUGCUAGCGUAUUCUGUUUCAAGUUAGUCCCUUGAUUGAAAAUGCAAACGUCACAAUUAGAAGGGAUGUUAAAUAUCAAAUUAAACAAAUCUUGCUGCUUUUUCACACAGAGUUACCCUUAAUCGCCACCCGUCCAGAGGGGAAAACUCCCAUAGAGGGAGAAAAGAUGAUUCUGUUCUGUAACGCCACUGGAAAUCCAGAACCAUCAAUAUCCUGGGUCAAAGAUGGAUCUCCCAUAACAAGCAAUUCUAGGAUCGGCCUUUCACAGGAAAGUAAGCGAUUGACAAUAACGAAUAUAAGCAGAACGGAUAGCGGUGAAUACCAGUGUGAGGCGAAAAACGGAGUUGGAAAUGUUACCUCAAAUUCCAGAGUAGAUGUUCUUUGUAAGUGUUGUAAACCCUUUAAUUUCCAGGUCUUACUUGUUCUAACUGUAUUUACAAUCUGUAGCAGUUGCAAAGACAUCCUUGAACCUUAUAAAGUGGUCAUGUCUUUGCUCUCCCAUUCUCGAAAUUGGAUGCAAUGGUCGUUUAUUUUAACCAGUGGCACAAUUACCCUUUGGAUGCACGCUCUUGAUGCCGAAAUGGGUAGUGCAGCUGUAGUCUUUUCUCAAAUAUUUUUUUCUUACUUAUUUAAUUGUAAAAUUUUAUCUGAUUUAUUUCAUUUUGUUGGUUACCUUGUCCAGUACUUUCCUGUUGUGAAAUUCUUGGGCCGUCCAUUGAUGAUCAUUUGUUUGUUAAAAAGUUAAAUGUAGGUCGACAUCAACGAAGCUACAAAGCGAGAUUUGCAUGCCGCACGUUCGAAUGAUUUAUUAGCUCUAACACCGACGCUAUUUACUUUUCAGUUGAACCCGAGGUUACAAUUGAUGGCGAUCAGGAGCAACAUGUGGCCAAGGGUAGCAAUAUCCAGCUGAUAUGUCGGUAUGAAGCGUCACCACCAGUGUCUGAAGUGCAGUGGAUAAAGGACGGAACUGUAAUUGCUGGAAAUGCUUCAAAGAUGAUGAAUGAUUCAAGAGUGACAAUUCCAUCUUUCAAUGAGAGUGAAAUACAGUUGUCAAUCUGUUCAGCUUCCCUAAAGGAUGGGGGGAAUUACACCUGUAGUGUCACGAAUAUUUUAAACAGCACUCAAUACACGACACUGAUCAUAAUUGCAGGUAUGUGAUAACGAGUUAAACUAGUCCAUCAGUGGAGAUUACUUCCUUCAGUAAUGUUUAUUAAUCACCCACUGGUUUGAAUCACUAUAUCAACUUUGAAACCAUAAGGUAAGAAUCAAAUUUUACCACUCGAGGACGUUUCCUCUUGUAGGACGUUUACAAAAUAUUAUCCUUGAAAACUGCUCAAUAGCUACUUUCACCUUCCAACUUACUUUUGGUUCUGUGAAUUGUGAGAUUACCACACGAAUUUAUUAGAAAUGUUGUAUAGACGUUGUACAAUUUUUGUACAGAGUAACACGUAUAUAACUAGUUUAUCAAGUUCGAGUUGUCUGGCAUGGCUUGUACCAUCUGCAGUUAUAUAUAUCCGUGUAUAUGUGUGUGUGUGUGUGUGUGCGCGUGUGUAUGUGUGUGGAAAAUUUUGACUUAAGUAAAACGGUGCUCAAUACAUAGGAGUAAAACGAUGUAUACAUUGUGGGAGGAAAAAGACAAAUAAACUACAAGUUCAUCCCCACAGACCUGUUUCGUGGUUGCCCACUCAUCAGAGGAUUUAAUGAGAAUAAUCUUUACCAUCGCUUAUAUACAAUAUAAUCUAAUUUAUGCAGUGCGAAAUUUAACAGUUUAGUUGUUGCGUAGGAGGGCUUUGUUUCUGUGGCGGCAGGAAGACACGAGUUCUUUACGUUUGUUUAGUAUUGAUAGUUCGGGUCGGCAGAUGAUAAGGAAUUUUUCUUUGAGGCAGAGAUAACAUCUUUUACUUGAGCUCUUGUACGGCGAGUGUGACGAGAGAAUGCGCCAGGAAAUAAAGUGCUCCAUGUUGUUGUUGUCUUUGUUUCUGUGUUUAGCGUGGCGGAAUGAUGCGGUGUGGUUUCUGUAUCUUGUUUUGAAGUCGUUCUCUGUGAGUCCGAUGUACGUUUCUGUCGUGUUGUUGUCUUUACGUGUGAGGGUGGCUUGGUAAAUUACUGAUGAUGGCAGUUUCUGUCGAGUGGGCAUGCGUUUUCUUGUCGGCAGUUGCAUGUCUUGUUAUCAAAAAUGAACCCUUAUUUUGGUUAAAAAGUAAAAAUUACAUGGUUGCUUCUCGAAUUUUAAAUCUAGUUUGUGAGUGAGUUAAUCCCACUUAUAAAGAAAAGUUAUGAAUAAUAUAUUUAGUGUUAAAUUUUUUUAAAAAAUCUUUGAUCAGAAUCAGUAAGUAGUGUAGACAUUACAGCUCUCUUCUUGUUGGCCAAAUUAAGUUUUCCAAAUCAGCCACCUUUGUUAUAACUUUACUUUACAUUGUUUUCCUCCUCGACUUAUUGUGGUAAUUAAAACUACUAUAGCUUGGAGCGCUGUUGUUUUAGUUGUUUUAAUAUGGAAAGGAUUGGGUUCCAAAUGUGGCUUAGGUCAUCAACUAAGACCUGAACCUCUCUUCAUCUGGGAUUAUGAUUGAGUAUCCGUGAACUAGCAUAUACACUUCCUGGGGAAAUAAUCUCAUGCAAAGUAGUUUUAUUGAAAUAAUUAAGAGAGAUGAGCUUAUUAUUCACGUUUUAUUAACGAGGAACCUGUGCAUUGUGGAACAUCUUUAAAACUGUCGAUCGAUCUCGUCUACAUCUUUUGGUGAAGAUGGAUAUACUUCCAAGUGUUUAUUUUAGUGUUUAUUUAAAUGUUUUUUAAUUCCCUAGUCGUUCCAGACCCACCACAGAACAUCACUGUUGACACAAAGGGUUCACGAUUUGUAAAUAUCUCCUGGACGGCUGGUUUUGAUGGAAAUAGUGUCAUUGAAAACUACACAGUGGAGAUCAGUGAACAUGAUCAGAUCUUUAAGGAUGUUGUUUGUCAAGGAUCACUUUCAAGAAGUGCAUGUGUGGUUUCCAGUCUCUCCACAACUGCCUCUCUCACAGGUCUUUUCCCUUGGACAACAUAUAAUAUCAGAGUGUUUGCUAGAAACAAAAUUGGCAGAAGUAACAGCAGUCCUAUUCUGAAUGUUACCACAGAUGAAGCAGGUAUGCUGCUUACUCUAUGUAGUUUUUGGCUAUGUAUAAAAAGAGUUCUGAAUAAAAGCUAAGCAUGUACAACAUGAACAUGGCCGGGAAUUGGGACAUACGCUCUUAAACUUCUUGUAAUCGUUUGUUUUUGACUCUCCUGAAGUUACUGAAUCAAAGAAAUACUACUGAUAAUGUUAUGUCCGUUUUGAGAGAACAAAUCGUGCUGCUGUUGUUUUGAAUCGCCACUUCCAGUGUAUCAGGAUAUCUGUGACUCUCGUAAGGAAGAUCAAAAGGAGUUCCUCAGGAGUUGAUUUAACACCUGUACAACAAUUAUUUUUGUGCUGUAACCGUUGUUUGUCACAUUUUGACCAAUAUGAGAAAUUGCUUCCCUAUUGCAGUGCAGAUCGAGGCUCCCAAUUUUGUCGUGACUGUUCUAAACUCAACUGCUGUGAAUCUUUCCUGGCAGGUAAUUACAGAUAUUGCAUGUAACCUCAGAUAAAAGUUUCUAUGACUAGAGUAUUGACAACUCUUACCGAUUUCCCCAUUCGCGUUUUUCAUUAAGUCGGAUAGAGUUUAAAACCUGAGUUACUUGUUCAAAUACCUAUUCUAAUAAGUAGAAUAUCAAUUAUCGUAAGUUCAGCUCUUUAUAUUCUCUUUGAUUGCCUCUUAUUCUGCAUAUAAAGUACAAGUACAAUUUUCUAAUCUAUAUUGCAGUAUUACAUGCGCGUCAAGCAAUCAAACAACGGAAACUCUUUAAAUGACUGCACAUAGACAAUAGUGCAUGUGAUAGACGAAAAGUGUGAAUCUAGAAUUCUUUAUCUAGUUUUCCGACAACCAUGCGCACACCUUUGCGUGGUUCUUUGAAAUUGUGCGGACAAAAAAGCAUGCACAGGACUGUACUCUUAAUUAACUUGGGUCAGCGGGCCAAACCGCAUUUCAUCAUAGAGCCAGCAGCGCCUGUGGGCAAUUUGAAGGUAAUUCUGUGUUCUGAUUGGCUAAACGAGGGCGUAAGUUGGGAUCAUCUCAAUCACUCGGGAUUAUCCGCUUUUAUCCCGCGCAAGAAAAAAGAAUCCGUUAACUUGUAAAGUUCGUAACUUUUAGAAAAUAUUGGUGAUGAAGUCGCAAGAACUAGCAGAAAAAAAUCAAAAAAAGGAAACAUAAACGACUCUCGUGUGUUUAUUGUGCUAUAAAUAAAGUUGGCUUUCUUUUCUGGCUCUCGCAACAAAUCAUUCUUGAUUUUUAUUAAAGCGAAAUCCUUUUGCGAAAUCAUAAUUCCCUUAUUGACCAAACUUGUUGGGUCAAAAUGGCUUGAUAUUAAACUCCUUUUUUUCGGUCAAAAUCUAGGAAUCUUGUCCUAACGCUUGGUAAAUAGCGCAUAUAUACGGUCCGGCUCCACCUUAGGUAAUAAAUAUCUUACUAACCUCCUUUUCUUAGUCCGAAUUGUAAGUUACGGAAUCUCCAUUUAUUGCACCCGUGUGCCAUAAAUCCAAGUGGAAAGACUCAGUCUGCAACCUAGAACUUAGCAGUUAUGUACAUGGAUGCAGAUCACGAUGCAAUAAACCUAGCAAGAAUAUCAUUGAUACCCACCUGUGGCUCGUGUGUAACACGCUAAGUUCCUUAACACACUAGCUUAUCUUUACUUGUGUUUGUGAGCUUCUUCAUUUUGAGAAUGGUGUUUGUAAAGUAUAUUACGUACAGAAUAUAAGUGAAAAUAAAGAAGAUCUUCUGUCCUAUACGAAAGUUACAAUAAAAAGGAAACAUUUACGGCAAAUCACGGCUCUUUCCUUCAGGAUUUUCACAAGGAAUCAGUGAGCACGACGUGUUUCACAAGAUCCAGAGGAGCUCAGUUUGAACACGUGAACUACUUUUUUAAAACUUAAGUUUAGCACUGCGGUCUAUACCUUGCGUAACGUAACUGUAACGCUUCUGUUGAUGUUCUCUUCACGGACGACGAGAUGGCAAGGUGCAACACGUCAGGAACUAAAAGUUUCCAGCACUUGGAUAGCGGAAAAUUACGCUUUCCUGUGUCUGUUUUACAAAGAAAGUUUGACUCGCCAUGUUUUAAUGAGCAGUGGAAUCAGAUAGCCGUUCGCAUUAAUACGAAAUGUAGAGGAAAUAGGAGGACUCUUAUUCACAGACUUUAGAAAACUAGUUUGUUUUGAAAACACUGAGAUGGAACAAUUAGUCCAUCAUUUAACAUAAAAAAGUUAUGGAUCGGUUAAUUGAACGAAGUUUAGUCAUUGUUCAACAAAACCGCGUUCUAAGUUAUUUUGAUUCUGGCUAAUCCUAGCAUAUAAACAUUGCUAAUUAUUAAGAAAAUAAAGAAGGCAUAAAACACAGACUUGAAAAUCAUUUAUCUGCCCAAAAUAAUGCAUUUACAAGCAGAUUAGGUGACGACAGUCAGAGGAAUCUAUAAUGCUUAAAGUUUGGCAAAUACACUGUCAGUUGAUUAAAAGAAAUUAAGUACAUCAGAUAUUUCAUUAUUUUGUAAACUCCGUUCGUAUAAAGAAAAAAAAAGAUGACGCUACCACUGUACCACACGGACCGUCGUGCUUUUCGGUUUGCAAAUUUAACAAAAUACCUCGGAGACUAGCAGAACAGAAAAACACGGUGAGAACGCAGUUUACCUCAACGAAGUAGCCAUUAGCUUGGCAUCAUACAGGUUCGCGCUUGUUAUUUUAAAAAGCUUGUGCUCGCUAACUACGUGUUAAAAGCUCGUUCUUUUGUUUUAGCGUGCUUGUGUACCGUGAGCGUGCGUUCACCUUAUUUCUGAAAUCCCGUGGAGGGUCACAUGUAGGAAAAAAGAUGGCUUAAUUUUACCCUCGUUCUUUUUCGCCAAAAUCCAGUCAUCUUGACCUCACGUUUGGUAAAUAGCGCUGUAGUAUAUGUACACGUAGCACGUAAAAACUAGUUGUGGUCAUCAUUUUAAAGUUUUGUUACUUUUACAACCUAGGUACUGAGUAGCGACAAAGCUAAAGGUGCAGUCUUGGGCUAUUACGUUUUGUACCGGGUUAACGGCACUCCUCCCUGGAUUAAUAAAACUGUUAAUAGAGCCGAAUUGACAUCGUUGUUGGUGGGACCACUAAAUGAACACACUACUUACGAGUUUGCCAUGCAGGCGUUUAACCGUAAAGGUGUCAGCAAUUUAAGUGCUUUGGUGGAAAAGACUACCGACCAGCAAAGUGAGUGUUACUUUUUUUUUAAUCAACCUAUUUAGUUAUCUAUUUUGUUAUGAAUACUAUUAAUUUUGUAAAAUCUCAGGCAACCUUUAUUCGCUGUAAAACCAAAACUGCUCGCAACCUUUUGUCUCUUUCAUGGUUACAAUGACAAUUACAUUUGGUUUACAGGCACUCUAGUGACCAUAUGAAUAAAGGUGCGCUUAGAAAUUUGAAAAGAUUGUCAUCCGUUGUCUCCUCAGCUUCCUGGCUAUAAAAAGCACAAGGCCUUAUGAAAGUUUUCUUUUGCUUUAAGAGCCUAGUGAGGCACCACAACUAGUCACAAUAAGCGAGGUAACAUCUACAAGUAUCAAUGUAUCCUGGGGUCCUGUCCCUGCUAAUGGUCGAAAUGGAAUCAUUCAAGGAUAUAAAGUAAAUUAUCAAGCCUUCCCAAAUGGUAACAUCGUUACUGAAUUUUUCAAUAUCAGCAGUGAACAACAGGGUGAAGGAGGAACAAAGAUUUUAAAGACUUUGAAUGAGUUUGCAAACUACAGCAUCAGUGUGUUAGCGUUCACUGUAGUAGGAGAUGGACCAUUAAGUAUUGCCCAACUUGUGCAAACAUUGGAGGACAGUAAGUUAAACUUAGUUUUCCUCUAUUGUGUUGCUCCAAAGACAAUGUAAUACAAAGUGAUAAACUUGCAAAAGUCACAGUGUAGCUGCUUCUGACUCCCAAAUGAUACUCUGAUGAGAAACUGAAAUUGGAAGUGUUUAAGUGACUGUCAAAAGUCUUUUGGAUAUUUUGGCAGUAACGUCUUCCUCCAAAUUGUUGGAUUCGAAUGAAUACAACCAAAAAGUGUUCGUGACAAAUAUAUGAUCAUAUCACAUAUCACCAGUUGCAGUUACAUGUAAAUUGAAAAUGUUGACUUAAAAUAUGUUGUCGAUAUGUUUAAUCUAAGAUGUGCCCUUUAACUUUACUAUUUUGCCUCUAGAACCGAGUGGUGCACCACAAGCUCUUACAGUUAGUGCCACAUCUUCUACAAGUAUCUCCGUCUCAUGGGAUCCUGUGGUUGCUGAAGAUCGAAAUGGAAUCAUCAAGGGAUAUAAAGUGAAUUAUAAUGACUUACCAAAUUUUCAGAUGGUCACCGAGUUCCUCAAUAUUACUAAAGAGCAACAGAAUAAAAGACAAACAAUGACUUUAGAUAAUCUGAAUGAGUUUACAAAUUACAGCAUUGAGGUGUUAGCAUUUACAGUGUUUGGAAAUGGACCAGCAAGUGCUGGCCAAGUUGUGGAGACACUGGAAGACAGUAAGUUUUAUGCCGGCAUCUGCGCUGUUAUUGUAACUUUUAUUGUGUUUACUGUUGCUUUUUAUUCCGUUUUAUCGGCAUCAUUUUCAGUUUUCUUACAAUAGAUCAUUAUUAACAGAUCGUCAUAUUUAAAUCACUUAAGUUGCAGUUACAUGUAAGAGCGAAAGUGUUGACUUAAAAUAUGUUGCUGAUAUGUUUAAUCUAAGAUGUACCCUUUAACUUUAAGAUUUUGCCUCUAGAACCGAGUAGUGCACCACAAGCUCUUACAGUUAGUGUUACAUCUUCGAGAAGUAUCUCCGUCUCGUGGGAUCCUGUGGUUGCUGAAGAUCGAAAUGGAAUCAUCAAGGGAUAUAAAGUGAAUUAUAAUGACUUACCAAAUUUUCAGAUGGUCAACAAGUUCCUCAAUAUCACUAAAGAGCAACAGAAUAAAAGACAAACAGUGACUUUAGAUAAUCUGGAUGAGUUUACAAACUACAGCAUUGAGGUGUUAGCAUUUACAGUGUUUGGAAAUGGACCAGUAAGUGCUGGCCAGGUUGUGGAGACACUGGAAGACAGUGAGUUUUAUGCCGGCAUCUGCGCUGUUAUUGUAACUUUUAUUGUGUUUAUUGUUGCUUUUUACUAUAUUUUAUCGGCAACAUUUUCAGUUUUCUUAUUAUAGAUCAUAAUUAAUAGAUCGUCAUAUUUAAAUCCCUUAAGUUGCAGUUACAUGUAAGAGCGAAAAUAUUGACUAAAAAUAUGUUAUCGAUAUGUUUAAUCUAAGAUGUACCUUUAACUUUACGAUUUUGCCUCUAGAACCGAGUGAUGCACCACAAGCUCUUACAGUUAGUGCCACAUCUUCUACAAGUAUCUCCGUCUCGUGGGAUCCUGUCUUUGUUGCAGAUCGAAAUGGAAUCAUCAAAGGAUAUAAAGUGAAUUAUAAUGACUUACCAAAUCUUCAGAUGGUCACCGAGUUCCUCAAUAUCACUAAAGAGCAACAGAAUAAAAGACAAACAGUGACCUUAGAUAAUCUGGAUGAGUUUACAAACUACAGCAUUGAGGUGUUAGCAUUUACAGUGUUUGGAAAUGGACCAGCAAGUGCUGACCAGGUUGUGGAGACACUGGAAGACAGUGAGUUUUAUGCCGGCAUCUGCACUGUUAUUGUAACUUUUAUUUUGUUUAUUGUUGCUUUUCACUGCAUUUUAUCGGCAGCAUUUUCAGUUUUCUUAUUAUAGAUCAUAAUUAAUAGAUCGUCAUUUUUAAAUCCCUUAAGUUGCAGUUACAUGUAAAUUGAAAAUAUUGACUAAAAAUAUGUUAUCGAUAUGUUUAAUCUAAGAUGUACCCUUCAACUUUACGAUUUUGCCUCUAGAACCGAGCGGUGCACCACAAGCUCUUACAGUUAGUGCCACAUCUUCUACAAGUAUCUCCGUCUCGUGGGAUCCUGUCGUUGCUGGAGAUCGAAAUGGAAUCAUCAAGGGAUAUAAAGUGAAUUAUAAUGCCUUACCAAAUGUUCAGAUGGUCACCCAGUUCCUCAAUAUUACUAAAGAGCAACAGAAUAAAAGACAAACAGUGACUUUAGAUAAUCUGAAUGAGUUUACAAACUACAGCAUUGAGGUUUUAGCAUUUACAGUGUUUGGAAAUGGACCAGCAAGUGUUGGCCAGGUUGUAGAGACACUGGAAGAGAGUAAGUUUCAUGCCAGCAUCCUCGCUGUUAUUGUUACUUUAAAUGUUUUUUUUAUGCAUUAAAUCACAUCAUAUUUGACGCAGAAACGUUACUUUUUGAUACUGAAUGUUUUCAGUAUAUUUUUCCGAUAUUAUAUUAUAGUCUUGAUUUUCUUACAUUUCUUGCAAAGUCUUCAUGUAACAGAUUGCAAAAGGCAUAUUUCCUGUUGACACUAGGUUACCUUCAGGGGCCUUUUAAGCAGCGGAAGUUCGUUCACGGCAUAUGGAACAAUUCAACUUUUGGUCAUACAAUCCCCCUUGAAAAUAUGUUGACGUACAAAAUUGACGAAAUAAACUCUAUGAACGUUGCUAAGAUUUAGAUGUACUUUUUAAGAUUACGAUUUUAGCUCUAAAAUCCAGUGGCCCUUUAGUCUUUUCAAAAUAUCUUCUUUUUUUCUGAUAAGCUUUCGAAGCGGAUUCGAAAAUUGUAAACAUGUCCUUCAAAAGUCAUUUUUAAAUUCCUGAAAUUGCAAUAAGAAGAAAAAGUAAAAGUUUAGACUUAAAAAAUGUCGCCGAUAUAUUUAAUCUUAGGUGAACAUUGUAGUUUCAUGAUUUUGCCUUUAGAACCCAGUAAUAUACCACAAGCUGUUACAGUCAGUGCUACAUCUUCUACAAGUAUCUCUGUUUCAUGGGAUCCUGUCACUGCUGAUGAUCGAAAUGGAAUUAUCAAAGGAUACAUCGUAAAUUAUCAAGCCUUACCAAAUGGUUACAUCGAUGCCAAGUUUCUCAAUAUCACUAAUGAGGAACAGAAUUAUAGACAAACACUAAUUUUAGAUAAUCUGAAUGAGUUUACAAACUACAGCAUUAGGCUGUUAGCAUUUACUGUGUUUGGAAAUGGACCAGCAAGUGUUGGCCAGGCUGUGAAGACACUAGAAGACAGUAAGUUUUAUGCUAGCAAUGCGGCUGUUAUUGUUAAUUUUAUUGUUUGUAUUGCUGCCUUUAAUCACAUUACAUCGACAGCAAUGUCUAUUUCCUUAUAAAAGAUUGUUUCCUUUUAAAAAUGCGUUUUUGUUUGUCCCAUGGACAUAUAAAUCGCACUUUCUGAUACUGAGUGUUUCAUAAUUUGUGUUUUUUUCAAAAUUGGUUUCAAUAUUCUUUUAUUUCUUGCAAAAUUUCAAUGUAACAGAUAGCAAGAGGCAUAUGUCCUCCUGAAAGUAGGCUUCUUGCAAAGGUUUUAUUAAGCAGCAGACGUUGUCUUUUGCCAAGAUUUCGCUUACAGAUUUUGCAGCAGUUUGACUUUUGCUGAUACAAUCCUCCUUGAAAAUAGGAUAACGUGCAAGAUUAACGAAGUUAACUUGAUGAAGAUUGCUAAAAUUCUGAUGUACUUCUUUACUUCUUACAACUGAUUUUAAAUCUAAACUCGGUGACAAUCGAAUGCUGCAUCUUUUUAAUAUCUCUUCUUUUAAUUGUUUUAAUCUACUACGGAUAUUUGUUGUUGCUUACUUAUGAGCCUCUUAAUUGUCAUGCAAUGUAUCAGAAAGCAGCAGGCAAUAACUCGUCUAUACUUGUUUUCUUAAUAUGCUUUUGUUUGUUUGUUUGCUUUUUACUUCAUGCUAGGUCACUGCUUCUUCGAAACUUGUAAACCUGGUCCUUCACGUCAUUUUAAUCCUUAAAAUUGCAAUAACAUGAAAGAGUGAAAGCAAAGACUUAAAAAAUAUUGCUGAUAUGUUUAAUCUAAGAUACACAUUUUAAUGUCAUGAUUUUACCUUUAGAACCCAGUGGUGCACCACAAGCUCUUACAGUUAGUGCUGCAUCUUCUACAAGUAUCUCCGUCUCAUGGGAUCCUGUCGUUGCUGAAGAUCGAAAUGGAAUCAUCAAAGGAUAUAAAGUGAAUUAUAAUGCCUUACCAAAUGGUCAGAUGGUCACCGAGUUCCUCAAUAUUACUAAAGAGCAACAGAAUAAAAGACAAACAGUGACUUUAGAUAAUCUGAAUGAAUUUACAAACUACAGCAUUGAGGUGUUAGCAUUUACACUGUUUGGAGAUGGACCAGCAAGUGCUGGCCAGUUUGUGGAGACACUGGAAGACAGUAAGUUUUAUGCCGGCAUCUGCACUGUUAUUGUAACUUUUAUUGUGUUUAUUGUUGCUUUUCACUACAUUUUAUCGGCAGCAUUUUCAAUUUUCUUUGUUUUUCCCCGAACGCAGUUCGUGACAAAUAUAUGAUCAUAUCACAUAUCACCAGUUGCAGCUACAUGUAAAUUGAAAAUGUUGACUUAAAAUAUGUUGUCGAUAUGUUUAAUCUAAGAUGUGCCCUUUAACUUUACGAUUUUGCCUCUAGAACCGAGCGGUGCACCACAAGCUCUUACAGUUAGUGCCACAUCUUCUGCAAGUAUCUCCGUCUCGUGGGAUCCUGUCGUUGUUGGAGAUCGAAAUGGAAUCAUUAAAGGAUAUAAAGUGAUUUAUAAUGCCUUACCAAAUGGUCAGAUGGUCACCGAGUUCCUCAAUAUUACUAAAGAGCAACAGGAUAAAAGACAAACAGUGACUUUAGAUAAUCUGGAUGAGUUUACAAACUACAGCAUUGAGGUGUUAGCAUUUACACUGUUUGGAGAUGGACCAGCAAGUGCUGGCCAGCUUGUGGAGACACUGGAAGACAGUAAGUUUUAUGCCGGCAUCUGCACUGUUAUUGUAACUUUUAUUGUGUUUAUUGUUGCUUUUCACUACAUUUUAUCGGCAGCAUUUUCAGUUUUCUUAUUAUAGAUCAUUAUUAAUAGAUCGUCAUUUUUAAAUCCCUUAAGUUGCAGUUACAUGUAAAUUGAAAAUGUUGACUAAAAAUGUGUUAUCGAUAUGUUUAAUCUAAGAUGUGCCCUUUAACUUUACGAUUUUGCCUCUAGAACCGAGCGGUGCACCACAAGCUCUUACAGUUAGUGCCACAUCUUCUGCAAGUAUCUCCGUCUCGUGGGAUCCUGUCGUUGCUGGAGAUCGAAAUGGAAUCAUCAAAGGAUAUAAAGUGAAUUAU